GUCUUCAUACACAGAGCAGUAUAGUAGCGCAGUCUGGUAUCUCUCACUCUCGCUUUAGCUCUCUCUCUCUCAAAGUCUCGUCCUCACUCGAUUCUUCUGCUGGUGAUCUUUCUCGGCUCUGUUUAUUCUCCCUCCUCUUUAUUACUCAGGUUCUCAAUGGCGGCCACGAUCGCCUUCAAUGCCGCCGGAUCUCCGGCCCGCCUCUCCCGCCAAUUCUCCCACCCCAGCCGCCGUCCCUAUCCGAUUCUCGCCGGUCUCCGCCUCCGUCAGGCCGUCCUGGCGCGGUACUCGAGCUCAGUAUCUUCCUCCUCCGGCUCAGGAAUUAGGGCUCAGUCUGUGGCGGCGGAGCCAGUGAACUAUUCGACGGCUCCGAAAGUGGAGGCUCCGGUGGUUGUUGUCACCGGAGCUUCUAGAGGGAUUGGCAAGGCGGUUGCGCUAGCUCUCGGGAAAUCUGGUUGUAAGGUGCUUGUAAACUAUGCAAGGUCGUCUAAGGAAGCCGAACAAGUUUCCAAGGAGAUUGAGGAAUCUGGCGGUCAAGCUCUGACUUUUGGGGGUGAUGUUUCAAAGGAAGAAGAUGUAGCAGCUAUGAUCAAAACUGUGGUUGAUGCAUGGGGAACAGUUGAUAUCUUGGUUAAUAAUGCAGGAAUAACACGGGAUGGCUUGUUGAUGAGAAUGAAAAAAUCCCAAUGGCAGGAGGUUAUUGAUUUGAAUCUUACUGGUGUAUUUUUAUGCACACAGGCUGCAGCCAAAGUUAUGAUGAAACAAAGAAAGGGAAGAAUUAUUAAUAUAGCAUCUGUUGUUGGUCUUGUUGGCAAUGUUGGACAAGCCAACUACAGUGCUGCAAAAGCAGGAGUCAUUGGCUUCACAAAGAGUGUUGCAAAGGAAUAUUCAAGCAGGAACAUCAAUGUCAAUGCUGUAGCUCCUGGAUUUAUUGCAUCUGAUAUGACUGCCAAGCUUGGAGAAGACGUGGAAAAGAAAAUCCUUGGGUCCAUCCCCUUAGGGCGAUAUGGUCAACCUGAAGAAGUUGCUGGACUGGUGGAAUUCUUGGCUCUGAAUCCUGCUGCCGGUUACAUUACUGGACAGGUGUUGACCAUUGAUGGAGGAAUGGUGAUGUGAGAGCCAAGACUGGCUCCACAAAGAACUGAAUGAACAUCAAGUUUUAUCUUACAGUGAGUUGAAACAUAGUAGAGCUUUUGUUUAAAUCCAUAGUUUCUACCAGUAACUUGACAUGAAGUAGAGAGGUUGCUCUAGUUUUUCUUUCAGUUUUGACGAUGGCUGUCUC